UUUACUUACUCCUUCCUCACUUGGCGCUUUUUAUCAGCAAACUUAAAACUAGUUACGAUUGCUUUUCAUCUCUCAUUGCGUCGACCACUGCUCACACGAGACAAUGUCUGUUCCUCUCUUCAACCUUGCUCCCAAUCUGACAGUUUCAAGGCUUUGCUUAGGAACCAUGACUUUUGGUGAACAAAACAGCUUGCCCCAGUCCUUUCACCUUCUCGACGAAGCUUUCAGUGCCGGAAUCAACUUCUUCGACUCUGCAGAAAUGUAUCCAGUGCCUCAGCGUGCUGAGACUCAGGGUAGGAGCGAAGAGUACCUGGGCCGUUGGGUUAGAAAUAGGAAAAUUUCUAGGGAUCGCGUCGUCUUGGCCACAAAGGUGACUGGACCAUCUGGGCAAAUGACUUGGAUACGAGGUGGGCCAAUGUGUUUAGAUGCCUGGAAUAUUACCAAGGCCAUUGACAACAGCUUGCUGCGCAUGCAAACUGACUACAUUGAUCUUUAUCAGAUUCACUGGCCAGAUCGCUAUGUUCCCAUGUUUGGAGAAACUGAAUAUGAUCCAAUCCGACAGUUCAGUUCAGUUGGCAUAGAGGAACAACUUGAUGCUCUUGGCAGAGCUGUUGAUGCUGGUAAGAUCAGAUACACUGGUCUCAGUAAUGAAACCCCAUAUGGUGUCAUGAAGUUCAUUCAGAUAGCUGAAAGGGCUUCUCGUCGUCCUAGGAUAGUAUCAGUACAGAACUCAUACAGCUUGCUUUGUCGAACUUUUGAUUCUGGAAUGGCUGAGUGCUGUCACCAUGAGAGGAUCAGCUUAUUGGCCUACAGCCCCCUGGCAAUGGGCAUUCUCUCAGGGAAGUAUUUUUUGCCUGAUGGGGGUUCAGCACAUGCUCGGUUGAAUCUUUUUAAAGGUAGGUAUUCAGAAGGGGAAUCGAGGUAUAACCUGUCCAAUAACAUCAUAAAAGCAGCUAGCAUGGAAUAUCUCCAUAUUGCUGGAAAAUAUGGUCUUCAUCCUGUAUCCCUUGCAAUUGCCUUUGUUUUGAGACAUCCUCUUGUUGCAAGUGCUGUUUUUGGGGCUACUAAGUUGCGGCAGCUUCAGGAGGUUCUCGAUGCAAUGAAAGUUGAGCUCACAUCUGAAAUAAUUGGUGACAUCAACAAGAUUCAUGCAAGGUUUCCUAAUCCAUGCCCCUGAUCAAUCGUUAAGGCUGUUCAAUUUCUUUCCUAUCAGGAAGAUUUACUAGGCUGGCUAAAUGGAUCACCUGUACUUCCUGCACUUCCUUUUUUAGUGUUAAAUUUAUAACAUUAUUGGUAACGUCGUGCUGCAAAAGAUCCUGCUUUCUUGUUGGAAAAUUCAGAAGUUACAAUUAGUUAGUAGGAACAGAAGCCUGCCUUUUGUCCUACCAUAAAUUUUCUUAAGAAAGCAAAAUAAGAUGGUUGCCACUUUAGUAAGUGCUUUGCUGGUGGGGAAGCCAUAUGAAAAAAAUUGAUGCCUGGCAUGGAGUGCAUCAUCAGCAAAUUCUUCAAGAGAAACAUGACAGUAAAGGUUCGCUGGACACUGUUCCAUCUUGAUAAUUGCUCAUGUGGGUAGCACAUGUGAACCAAUUUAGUUUUGUAUACUUGGGGCUCAUGUGGACCCAGAUUCAAAAAACAGUUGCAUCUGAAGUUGACAAAAAUUAAUAUAUUUUUUAGAAUUUAUUGUGGUGAUACUUUGCACCUAUUGAGUGCCUGUCGUGUGGGCAUCAAUUGCCAUACUCCUGCUUUUCUGUGAUCAAAUGCUUUCUUAGGAUUUGGAAAGUUAUUGGGUCGUAGGCACUGGGUCCCAAACUUGCAGCACCACCUGGUAAUGACAAUGCAGUUGAAGUUGAUCUUUUCAGUUUCUUUAUUGUUGAGUGUUGAAAAAGCACCGGUCAUGAACUUUCUGAGAAAUGAUCUGAUCAAUGCAUGCUUGCAGAGAGUGUAGAUAAUUCCUUCUCUUUGCAGCGAAGACAGUCGAGAACCAUAUGAUCUGAGGAUGCUCAGGGUGCGGAGAAUAACUUGGGUUUGUCUUUACAGUGAAGGAAAGGCAAGCAGUUUCUGCAUAUAUUUUGACAUUUUCAUUUUCUAUGUACAGAGUGAUCAAAGCUCAUGUUAACCCCCCAAAAAUAUGAGCUUCUUCCAUGCUAAACAGCCUCCACCUUGUUCCACCAUUCUUCUACUGCGUGGUUGUACCUUUUCUUGACAGAUUGAUUAAGAAAACAGUAGGGGCACGUGAAGAUCUUCAAAAAGGGUCCUGUUUACUGCAUAAAGCAAUAAUCCAAUCUUAGAGAGAUCUUAACAGCAUGGA